AUGAAGUAUCUUCAUCUAGUCAUCUUAUUACAUGUCUAUCAUCACAUACAUUUAGUCAUUGCUCAACCUUUUGAGGUUUCAUCUCACUCACCCAAAUUAGGGGAUGACAUUUUACCUGGUGUAAAGAAACAGCAAAACCUCAAAACACAAACUCCCAAAGGUCUCACAUUGCUUAAAACUGUCAAAGAGGACAAUCUCAAGACAUCCAAGGUUUCCAGAGGAAGUAGAGACACAUUGAACCAGCAAGGGUAUGAUCAUUCCCCCAUAUAUCAAUCUACCAAUCAGGUGGCAAGCAAAAUAAUUCAGGAUGACAUCAACACAAUAGAUAUGAGAUAUCCAGAGAGGGAGAAAGAUGUGUCAGAAAGUUUUUCAAAUACUCAAGAGAUUGCAUUUUUUGGGAAGAGAAUAAAGGUCAACCCCAUUCACACAAUGAAAAUCAAUCACAGGUUAAUUGAAACAUCAAAGACAAAUACUCUCAGGAUCUCUGAGGUUUCAGAAGGAAAUAGAAACUCACAAGAAAAGGAAGGGUAUAACCAGUCCCUUGUGAAUCAAUAUACCAAUCAGAAGAGGAAAGAGAUACAUCCAGAUGAACCCAACACCUCACAUUUGAGCUCUGAGGAGAGAUCAAAGGAAGGUUCAAAAAUCCAUUCAAUUGUUCAAGAAAUGACAUUAUUUGGGAAAAAGAUAAAAGCCAAUUCAUUUCAUAAAAUAAACAUCAGGAACUUUGCUACUCACAAGAUGAACAGGCUAUGUAUGCUUUAUUCUAGGCAUCUAGUUGAGGAGCUUACCUCUUCAAUCAUAAGUAGAUUCAAGAAGGAAAAAGGCUUACAGUACCAAUCAGAUUUGUUUGAACAAUACAACACUUCCCUCUUUGCACCAUUUGUCUACUUUGUUCUGUUGAGGGACCCAAGAAAGGCUGUAUGGGAUUGUCUUCUGUCCACCACCACAUCCAUCAUGGUGGAAUUUCACAAACAAGAAUCAAGGUUGGAAGAAGUUUGUGACACUCAAAAGCUCUACAAAUUCAUGCUAUGGCAUACAGAGAUGAUGUAUCACCUUACCAACCCAAAGUUGCUGGAUCAUUUCAAAAAAUAUCAAGAUAUUCUUACACAAAGCUCAAUCACUGAGAUCAACAAGGGGAGAUGUCCUCUUUCUGCUAUUUUAUCUAUGAUUGCAAGCAAAUUGUCCUUUGAGAGACUUUUUGGGAGAUCACAGGGAAUGUCAAAAGUAUCAGCCUCCUACCUUGAGGCCUAUUGGAGAAAGGACUAUGAAUAUAACUAUCCAGUAUCAGGAAAUUCCAACAGUCUGCAAUCAUCAAUUAAACAAGAUUGGGACAGGAUGUCCCAAUUGAUUCUUGAGUCUUGCACAUUGGAAAAUUCAUUUGAUUUCUUUUUAGUCAAAGAAGAGCUGAAUCAGGAGACUAUCAGGCAGGAUUUAUCUGACAUGAAGGACUUGAAUUUUUUCCAUGGGCUGAAAUUUUGGAUGAAACAGCAUGAAAAACAGAAGAUGAAGUUUUCUGAUCCUUUCUGUGUGACAGCUCUGUUCAAUUUCCUUCAAUCCAGGAGCCCAGGAAUUGAUUUAGGACUGUUCUGGAAAGCUUUCCAAGAAAAUGAAAGAAAAAGGAAAUCUGAUUGUGCACGGACAAGUGAUUAUUACUAUAGUUUCAGAAAGUUCAAACUUUCAAAAUCUAAGAAGAGUAAAUUGGAUGGAUCUCAAAGCCAGGAAAGUUGA